AUGCAGUGUGGAGUCACGGAAAUAGACGCGCUAUCACGCAUCGCCGCUGGCCUGAUUGUCAGGGUUGAUUACGCGAUGGACCGGCUCUUGAGCCUCCUUCCAAGGACGGCUCCUCUACAGAUACAGGUCCCUAACAUCGCGACCACCAAGAUCGAGCCUCCCCGACCGGAAGAUAUCGCUAUACAAAAGGCUCUUGAUGAGGUCCUUGAGUAUCAUAGAGUUCACUGGCCUAAGAAUACAACGAAAAACUAUGAGCCAAAGCAGAAGGAGUGGAAGGCCUGGUGCAAAAAGAUGGGCUUCAAGGAAGGUGGCAGAUAUCUUCCAGGAGACUAUGUUGACGAAGGGAAGCUCCUCCUCUUUAUUAAAGAGGAAGUUGCCAGCCGCCCUCCACGCCGCGGACAGAGGCUCAAGGCAGAGAGGAAGCGCAAGAGAACAGCAGCAGUAGAAGUACUGUCAGAAGGGCCUCCCUCUAAGCGGAAGAGAGAGAAGAUCAGUGUUCCCUCUAUGGCGUUUGAAGAGCUACCUAUUGAGAGCGAUGAUGACGAGGCUUGCUCUGAACUUGUCCUGAUGUACAAUACUGUACGAAGCUAUUGCUCUGCUAUUAAUAAGCUCUGGGCACAUCAGACCUUAUUAGGCCUCCAUAAUGCAGCGCGGCCACAGAGGUUUACGGAACGUGGGCUAGCUACUAUACGAGAUGGAUAUGUUGCUUCUCAGAUUCCUAAUCUUACAAGAAAGAUCUAUUCUCAAUGCCCCUAUCUAAUGAAGGGCCAAAAGGCAAAGGCUGGUGUCUUAUUACUCGAUAGCACAGCGGCAUCCUGGACCCGACGCCUAUAUAGUGAGGCAGUGAUCAAGAGCUCCAAGGUAACACAUGCAGGACGGGUCUCUGGGGCCAGACUUGCUGAGUUGAAUGGAGUCUCUGAAGAUCAGAUUUGCUGGGGCGGUCGCUGGAAUGCAGACCAGAUGACUGAUUGUUACUUGACUACUCUGCCUCGAUCCUUCAUGCGUGGUAUUGCAGAUUUUGACCCUGACUGGUCAUCAAGCUAUUACUUGCCUCGGGAGACUGUCUGCCCUCCACCAGUAUUAUUAAAGCAAUAUAAGGCCUUUGAGUUAGAUAUUCAUAUGGCUGUUACAACAGCCAUGGAAGAAGAUCCUCAUUCUAUCGCUAUUCAAAAGGCCAUCCCUGCUGUAAACGACCGGCUUUCCACUAUUAAUGACUUUAUUAGUGGUACCUUCACCUAUCAAUUCGUGCCUAGAGGCCAGAUUGUUCCGCCCCCUAUCACAGGAGCAGUCUUUAGCCCUACAGCGCCUAUUCAACUUCCUGUGACGGCGCUUGAGAAAACUUCACAGGCACCGCAAUAUCGUAUGUCGAGGAACACUACAACAAUCCCAGAACUGUGGAAAGAGUGGACUGUCGGGCUCAAUGGCCAGCUUUCAAUUAAGAGGCUCGAUGAGCUCUAUGGCUCUGGCUAG